AUGUUAGCAAAUUAAGAAUUUAGUUGCAGAAUUCCACAUCACAAAGUUAUCAAUAAAAAGAUAGUUUAUGUAGUCAUCUUUGUAUCUCAUUCAUAUUGUUCAGCUAAAGUUUAGCAUCUCAGAUAUUCAGAUGCUGAAAAGCUACAUAAUAAAAUUGAUAAGUAAUUAUAACAAUUACGAUAAACUGUCAACUUACCAUCCUUUCCUGGAAAGAAAUUGUUUGGUAGUCACAAUGAUUCUGAAUCUGGCAUCUUAAGACGUGUAAUAGAUGAUAAUUUCAUUAUUAGAGAUCUGAUCUUUAAGAUUAUUUCAAUUAACUACUUAAGAUUGAAAAACUUUAUUCUCUCUCUUGCUUAAAAUAAUUAUUACCUGAUAUCAAUGAUGACAAAAGUGAUCUUGUUUAAUAUUUAGAAGAAAGGUACAUAACAUAUCUAAUUCAUAGACCACUACAAUAAUAUAAUUUCAUUAUUGAUUCAUAUUAAUAAUUGGAUAUGUUUGUAUUGUACUUUGUUUAAGUCAUUGAUAAUUUUAACAAAUCCAAAUGGAGAUUUAAAACUAGAUAUUCAGAUCUAAGAGAUAUUCAUUAAGCACUAAAAGAAUAAACUAAAAUUACAUUACCUGAAUUUCCAAAAAGAAAAAUAUUUGGUAUCACCAAUGACGAUCCUUAAGAAAUUGAAACUAGAAAGUGUAAUUUAGAAACUUAUUUAAAUUCACUCUAUGCGUAUUUAUUAAAUGUUUAAAUAGAGUCAUCCAGAAUUAAAUAAUUCAGAGAUUUUAGAUUAUUUUAUUCAAAAUAGUAGACGAGAAUCCAAAAAACUAUAAAAAUAUGAUGAAUAGAAGAUCUUACUAAAGAUGGUAAAAUUCAUCAUUAAUUUCUUAAGAAACUUAAGUAGAAAUAGUAGAAAGAGAAAUAAAUAGAAUAGUUAUAACAAAAACUAUUGCAGAAUAAUGAGAAUUCUAAAAAUGAAAUAAAUACUAAUGAUAAAUCUAGAAAUAACUCUAUUAAAAGAUUACCAAGAAAAGGUCUUUUCACAAUAAAGGAAUAAUUAGAUAAAUAUGAAGAUGAUAAUACAACACUUAUUAGAUACAGUUCAAUACCAUCUAAUCCAUUGAAUUAAAUAGGUCAAAUGCUUAUCAGUAAAGAAUCAGACUAAGACUAUGAGAAAGCCAAUUCUGAACCUGAAACUAAUAAUCAGGAUAUGGAAUAUGAAUAGUUAGAUGAGAAUGUAGAAAUUCAAAAUCAAGUAUAAUAAAAGAUUCAAGAAUGA